AUGAAUAACUCAACAUACAUAAACUCUUCCACUGAAAAUGUGAUGGCCUUGGAGAGCCCCUAUAAAACUGUUGAGGUAGUGUUCAUUGUGCUGGUGGCAGGGUCUCUCAGUCUAGUCACCAUAAUUGGGAACAUCCUGGUCAUGGUGUCAAUCAAAGUCAACAGGCACCUCCAGACUGUCAACAAUUAUUUCCUGUUCAGCCUGGCCUGCGCUGACUUGAUCAUCGGCAUCUUUUCCAUGAACCUGUACACCCUCUACACUGUGAUAGGGUACUGGCCCUUGGGGCCUGUGGUGUGUGACCUCUGGCUGGCUCUGGACUAUGUGGUCAGCAACGCCUCUGUGAUGAACCUGCUCAUUAUCAGCUUUGACAGGUACUUUUGUGUCACCAAGCCUCUGACGUACCCCGUGAAGCGGACCACGAAGAUGGCCGGCAUGAUGAUCGCAGCCGCCUGGGUGCUGUCCUUCAUCCUCUGGGCCCCUGCAAUCCUCUUCUGGCAAUUCAUUGUGGGAGGAAGGACUGUCCCAGAUGGGGAUUGCUACAUCCAGUUUUUUUCCAACCCUGCUGUCACUUUUGGCACUGCCAUUGCAGCCUUCUAUUUGCCUGUUAUCAUCAUGACUGUCCUUUACUGGCAAAUCUCCCGAGCCAGUAAGAGUCGGAUAAAGAAAGGAAAAAAGGAAGCCACCCAAAACCAAGAAACAGUUUCCCCCAGCCUUGUCCAAGGUAAAAUAGUGAAACCAAACAAUAACAAUAUCCCCACCAGCGGAGAUGGUUUGGAGCACAGCAAAAUUCAGAAUGGAAAAGCCAGUGAAGAGACUGUGACCAAUAACUGUGUUCAAGGGGAGAAGGAGAGCUCCAACGACUCCACCUCCAUCAGUGUGGUCGCUUCCAAUUUGAAAGAGGAUGAAGCUACCAAAGAUGCCAGACAGGCUUCUGCCUCCCAAGACCAUGUCAAAGCAGAGAACUCCAAGCUGACAUGCAUCAGGAUAGUCACCAAGUCCCAAAAGGGGGACUGCUGUGCCCCUACCAACACUACUGUGGAGAUCGUAGGCACGAACGGAGAGGAGAAGCAGAACAACGUAGCCCGAAAAAUCGUCAAGAUGACGAAGCAGCCAGCCAAAAAGAAACCACCCCCUUCUAGAGAGAAAAAAGUGACAAGGACAAUACUGGCCAUCCUCCUGGCCUUCAUCAUCACCUGGACCCCAUACAAUGUGAUGGUGCUCAUCAACAGCUUCUGCGCAUCCUGCAUCCCUACCACCGUAUGGACCAUCGGUUACUGGCUCUGUUACAUCAACAGCACCAUCAACCCCGCCUGCUACGCGCUCUGCAAUGCCACUUUCAAGAAGACUUUUAAGCACCUUCUUAUGUGUCAUUACAAGAAUAUAGGAGCUACAAGGUAA